AUCAGUGCUUGUUUUGUCUUAUCUAAUUUCUAUUUACGUGCACUUGUUAAUGUUUGAAUAUUUCAUUUUCUUUGUCGUCAAAUUACGGUCUUUGAUUUAUUAUAAUUCUUUCUCAUUAGCAUUGCGUAAUCGUUUCGUUAUAGUUUGUUGAUGUUUCCUAUCUUGGUCCAUCAUUCAUUGCUUUUGAAGCUUUUUGUUGUUUAUAAAUACGUUUUAGCUAUAGUUAGAGAAACUCAUUCAGAUUUUUCGCUUUCCAUUUGAAGAAGUCGAUUUCUUGACAAAAAGACGAUACCCAUUUUCUGAUUCUUUAAAUUGAUAAGAAUCGAAGUUUAUGCUUGCUUUUUUAUUUAUUUAUUUAUUUUUGAAAGAUAAUUGGCAUACUGCUGUGUGUUCACCCCUAUUUAUGUUGACUCAAUUACUCAUCAAAGUUGCUGCCUUGAGUUUCUAAUUUCAAUUUCUGCAGUUUAAUCAUCGAUUUUGUGCCAUUUCUACCUUUAAUUGUCUAAUUCAAGAACCGUGAAUUGAAAAUCUCUUGAUUAUCAAAAGAACUAUUUUGUUACAGCAUUUAAUUUCUUUUCUUUUUUCCUUGGCUUAUUGUGGGUUUUUCGUUUGAGUCCGCUGGUAAAAUCAUUGCUGUGAGCUAGCCUAUUCUUAACAUUUCCAUUUCUUUUUCAUUUUGGAUAACAAAGGUAUAGAAGCAUGGGAAGUCCCAAACAACCAAGGAGGAGAGUGGCAUUAGUGCUGAUUGAUGGUUUGGGUGAUGUAUCCUUGCCAAGGUUUGGAUACAAGACCCCUCUGCAAACAGCCAAUGUUCCAAACCUGGAUGCUAUUGCAUCUGCAGGAGUUAAUGGCCUUAUGGACCCUGUUGAAGUAGGUUUGGCUUGUGGAAGUGAUACUGCUCACCUUUCAUUAUUGGGUUAUGACCCACGAGUAUAUUAUAAGGGUCGAGGUGCAUUUGAGUCAAUGGGUGCUGGAUUGGCCAUGUCACCUGGUGAUAUUGCAUUCAAGUCAAAUUUUGCAACAUUUGAUGAGAAAACUGGAAUAGUCACCAGCAGAAGGGCUGACAGGCACUUCGAAGAAGAAGGGCCAAUUCUCUGUGCUGCUCUUGAUAGAAUGAAGUUGCCAUCCUACCCUGAAUAUGAAGUCAGAGUCAGGUAUGCAACAGAACAUAGAUGUGGAGUGGUUGUGAAAGGACCAAGAUUGAGUGGGAAUAUAUCAGGAACAGACCCAUUAAAAGAUAACCGCUUACUUCUGCAAGCUGAAGCCUUAGAUGAUACUGAUGAAGCAAAGCAUACAGCUGCAGUUGUCAAUGAAUUGUCCAGGGAGAUAUCACGAAUUCUAGUCUCUCACCCAUUGAAUGCAAAACGGGCGGCAGAAGGGAAGAACAUUGCCAAUGUUGUCCUUUUACGCGGAUGUGGUAUUCGAAUUGAGGUUCCAUCAUUUGAAAAGAAACAUGGGUUAUGGCCAUGCAUGGUAGCUCCUACUAAAAUCAUAGCUGGCUUGGGCCUAUCACUUGAUAUUGACAUUCUAGAAGCUCCAGGGGCAACUGGAGAUUAUCGAACACUUUUGACUUCCAAAGCGACUGCCAUAGCUAAGGCACUCUCUGCUCCUUUGCAGUCUUCUCCCAAUGUUUUUGUACCUGGAGAGGAUGAGCAUAAGCCAGGCAAAUCAGAUGGUUACGACUUUGGGUUUCUCCACAUUAAGGCAAUAGAUGAUGCAGGUCAUGAUAAGGCGAGCCUUUUCAAAGUUAAGGCACUGGAAGCAGUAGAUCAAGCUUUAGGCCAGCUGGCCAAACUUCUUUGGCAGGCAGAAUCAACUGAAAAGUUCCAGUAUUUCCUUUGUGUCACUGGAGAUCACUCUACUCCUGUUGAAUAUGGAGACCAUAGUUUCGAACCAGUUCCAUUUGCCAUCUGCCGGUUAAAAGACUUUGUGGGUGCCAUGGGUGGAGAGCCCAUUGUUGUGGCAACUUCCCUUCAACCAUUUCCUCUUCCAAUCAAUAAGGCCGGUGAAGACCUAGAUGAAGAUAAGAUGGAAAAGGAUAGAAUUAGCAAACAGCUUAAAUCUUUCAGUGGUGAUUCAGUUUGUGAAUUUAGCGAGAUAGCAGCAGCAAGGGGAUGUCUUGGACGGUUUCCUGGAGGAGAAAUGAUGGGCGUCAUAAAGGCAUUUCUUAAACUAAAUGCAUGAGAUGCUUUUACAGGAACAAUGGUUGGACAAAGGGUUUUCCUGGUAAGGCACAUUUUGAAACUGAACAAAUAACAAAGUCAGUAUCUGAUGAUGAUUUUUACAUCAUUGAAAUUUUUAAGGCUUUUUGAUCUAAACCAAUCCAAAGUAUUUAUGUGAUCCUUCUCUCAUUGCUUGGAUCUCAUAAAUGGUCUGGUGCAGAAUCCUAUUUGUCACAGCGAGCUUGCAAUUGUAUCUUUCUUGUUUUGUUUCAUUCAUAAACCUUUCAUGUUUUGUUUCAUUCAUAAUUUUGAAGGAAGAUAAUUUUUAUC